AUGCCUGCGCAGAGGCGUUCGUUCGAGCCUCCUACUCCUCCUCCCCCACCCUUUCCGACUCCGGAGGAGAAGGUUGAUUCGCUGCAACGCAAUCAAAACCACAAUGAACAAGCCGAGGAUGGAGACGAUUCAGAUGGAAGCCAUGUGUCUAGUGGCGGAGACAAAGAUGAAUUUAUUCUUGUGAAAUUGGCAGAAAUACGCAAGGAAGUACAAUGCCCAAUCUGUCUAGGGAUUAUUCGGAAGACAAGAACAGUUAUGGAAUGCCUGCAUCGCUUUUGCAGAGAAUGCAUUGACAAAUCUAUGCGUAUGGGGAAUAAUGAGUGUCCUGCUUGUCGAACACAUUGUGCUAGUCGCCGAUCUUUGCGAGAUGAUCCAAACUAUGAUGCCCUCAUUUCAGCUUUAUAUCCAGAUAUAGAUGAAUAUGAGGAGGAGGAACUGGCUUUCCAUGAAGAAGACAAAGCUCGCAAUAACCAGAUCCAAGCUUCAAUUGCACAGACUUUACGACGGCAAACAGAAGCACUGGGAAGGAAACGAACAGCUAGAGCCACAGCUUCUGCAUUUGCGCGAUCAUCACAGGGCAAUUAUCGUAAUUUGAGGGGAAGGAGAAACCGUCGAGCUGCUGAACACCAAGGAUCUGAUGAUGAGGAGGAUACUAAUGGCCAUGAUGGAAUCAAGGAUUCGUCUUCUGCUGAUGAGCGUGCUGAAGUCACACCAAAAAGAUACAAAAGAUGGGGAGGAGCUCGGUUUUCUCAGCCUUCUUCUGGAGCAGCCAGUGCAGAUGGGGGUUGUGAUGAUAAUGAUGCUGAAAUUAAAAGAGAACCAGUGGGUGUGUCCGCUGGUCUUGUUGGCAACUCGGAAAUGCUUGCCUGGGGUAAAGGUGGCAUGCGGAGUCACACCCGGCAUGGCAGUCUGAGUGGUGGCAAUGGCAAGCAUGGUAGGAACAGCCGCCUCUCCAAGCUGAUGGAUAGUCUCCGAAAUUCGGAGGAAAACAAUGAUGGGUUGGAUAUCCACCUCAUGCUUGUUUCUUUGGACGAACAAAGAAUACCCAAUUUGCAGCGGCCCCACCUUUGCUGCAGGCCCUCUUUUGCAGUUAGACACAUAUGCCAAUAUGUUGCUGUCCAGACUUCCGUUGCAGCUGAUGAAGUUGAAAUGUUGUUGGUAAAAGAGUCCCACUCCAAACUCAACCCCUCAACCUGCUCGAGUUUUUUGAUCUCCAAGCCCAGUAUUAUAGAUCUGUGCAAAGAUGAGUUGCAUGCAUUGAAAGAGCAUGAAACAUUGGUGGAACUUCAAACUAUGUUCAAUUUUAGUCAGCAGCAUCUGCUUCUGGCAUACAGGCAAAAGUUGUCGGGAUUAGGAAACUCAUGA